GCAACACUGAAGUAUUUGUCAAUGUCAGACAUUUUCACGUCAAAAUAGAUUUGAUUAUUCCUUUUCUUGUCAUAUUUUCUCUUGAGAGAAAUAAUUAUGGGUCGUUACUCUCGGGAGCCGGAUAACCCUGCGAAAUCAUGCAAAGCGCGUGGUUCAAACCUCCGUGUUCACUUUAAGAACACAUAUGAGACCGCAAUGGCAAUCAGAAAGAUGCCGCUCCGUCGUGCUGUUCGUUACCUCAAAAACGUGAUUGAAAAGAAAGAGUGUAUUCCAUUCCGUCGCUUCAACGGCGGCGUUGGUCGCUGUGCUCAAGCAAAGCAGUUUGGCACAACACAGGGUCGCUGGCCCAAGAAAUCCGCCGAAUUCCUCUUGCAGUUAUUGAGGAACGCUGAAUCAAACGCUGACAACAAAACUUUGGACGUUGACAGGCUAGUCAUCGACCACAUUCAGGUAAAUCGCGCGCCCUGCCUACGCAGACGUACAUACCGUGCUCACGGUCGCAUCAACCCCUACAUGUCGUCUCCCUGCCACAUCGAAGUAUGUCUCAGCGAACGCGAAGAUGCUGUCGCCAGGGUAGCCCCUACUGAUGAUGCCCCAGCAAAGAAAAAGCUUUCCAAGAAAAAGCUUGCGCGUCAAAAGGAGAAGAUGAUGAGGGAAUAGACAUAAGGGUUAAAUAAAAGAUUUAUACAAUCAA